UAUCCUGAGCUUAUUCCGAUGCAUCUCCACCUUUAUGUCCUUCAAUUGACUGCCCUUCAAACUGUUUAAUACUUGUGCAAUUCUUAAGAUACCCGAGCCGUGACUUCCGUUUAUUCUUCUAUUAAAUACCACGGCAGCGUCACUUUCACUCUUUCUCCCUCACUAAAUCCCUGUUUAUCACAAUCCCCGCAAAAAUGUCCACCUCCACAGUCGCAGUUCCCUUCGCUGAGCCCCCGUGGUUGAACGGCCUCCCCAGCGCCUACUACAAUGAUUCUCACCGCAAAUGGCAGAAGACGGUGCGCGCGUUCGUUGACCGUGUUAUGCUCCCAUAUGCGGGAGACUGGGAGGCCGCUGGUGAUGCGCCACCAACGCUCUACAAAACCUUCGCGGACAACAACAUGCUGAUCCCCAACCUGUCUGCGCCGCUACCAAUUGAGGCGCUCAAGAGCGUUGGCAUCCACGAGCUCGCCGGUGGACUGAAGGUAGAGGACUACGACUACCUGCACACCUCCAUCUACGUCGACGAGCUCUCACGAUGUGGAACUGGCGGCCCUGCAGGAUCCGUCACCGUUGGAUUCGCCUUCGGUCUUCCUCCCAUCAUCAAGUUCGGCAACAAGCAGCUGCGCGACCGCUUCGUCGGACCUCUCGUCACCGGCAAGAUCCGCAUCUGUAUCGCCAUCACCGAGCCCGGAGCAGGUUCCGAUGUCGCCAACAUCGAGACCACCGCCGUGAAAUCUGCGGAUGGAAAGCACUACAUCGUUAACGGUGCCAAGAAGUGGAUCACCAACGGCAUCUUCUCCGACUACGCCUCCAUGGCCGUCCGCACCGGCGGCCCCGGCGCCGCCGGCCUCUCUAUGCUCGUCGUCCCCCUCAAAGCCAAGGGCGUCAACAUGACCCGCAUCCACGUCGGCGGCGGCAGAGCCUCCGGAACCACCUACAUCGACCUCGACGACGUGCAGGUCCCCGUCGAGAACCUCAUCGGCAUAGAGGGCAUGGGCAUGAUCUACAUCAUGCAAAACUUCAACCACGAGCGCCUCACCAUCGCCAUCGGCGUCAACCGCCAGUCGCGCGUCGCUCUCAGCGCCGCAUUCGAGUACUGCCUCAAGCGCGAGGCGUUCGGGAAGCCUCUCAUGGAUCAACCUGUUGUUAGACAUCGUCUUGCUAAGGCUGGUGCGGUUCUCGAGAGCCACUAUGCUUGGGUUGAGAAUAUCGUCUACCAAAUGACCAAACUUAAUCACGCGGAUGCGAACCGUGAGUUGGGCGGGCUUACGGCGCUGGCUAAGGCCCAGUCGGGUCUGGUGAUAGAGCAGUGCGCGUCGACGGCUGUGCUGCUGUUUGGUGGAAAUGGAUACACCCAGUCGGGACAGGGUGCGAAUGUUGAGCGUAUCUACAGGGAGAUCCCGGGUAUUAGGAUUCCGGGUGGCUCGGAGGAUGUUAUGCUUGAUUUGUCGGUGAGGCAGAUGGUUAAGAACUUCCAAAAGAAGUUGAAGGAUUUGGAGGCUGCGAAUGCGAAGCUUUGAGUGGGUGGAGUGGGGAGCGUUGAGGGGGAG